GCUGCUGGGGUCAGGCUCCGCCCAGCUUGCCCGGCAUCACUUGCGCCGCUGGAAUCAAGAUGGAGGAGUAUGCUCGAGAGCCUUGCCCCUGGCGAAUUGUGGAUGACUGUGGUGGGGCCUUUACAAUGGGUACCAUUGGUGGUGGUAUCUUUCAAGCAAUCAAAGGUUUUCGAAAUUCUCCAGUGGGAGUAAACCACAGACUACGAGGGAGUUUGACAGCUAUUAAAACCAGGGCUCCACAGUUGGGAGGUAGCUUUGCAGUCUGGGGAGGUCUGUUUUCCAUGAUCGACUGUAGUAUGGUUCAAGUCAGAGGAAAGGAAGAUCCCUGGAACUCCAUCACAAGUGGUGCCUUAACAGGAGCCAUACUGGCAGCAAGAAAUGGACCAGUGGCCAUGGUUGGGUCAGCCGCGAUGGGUGGUAUUCUCCUAGCUUUAAUUGAAGGAGCUGGUAUCUUGUUGACAAGAUUUGCAUCUGCACAGUUUCCCAAUGGCCCUCAGUUUGCUGAAGACCCCUCCCAGUUGCCUUCAACACAGUUACCAUCCUCACCUUUUGGAGACUAUCGACAAUACCAGUAGGACAUCUUUCCCAAGAUUUCUUUAACAGAAUGAGUUGUAGUUUGAGAAGGAUUCAGAAGAUCAAGUCAUAAUCCGUUUUUAGAACCAUAGGUUUUUAAAACUAUGGCCAAAUAGGCUAUGAAGAAACAUUUAGUACUUUUUUCUAUUUAAAGGAACAUGGGAUAAGGGUCUUAAAAGAUAAUACAUUUAUUUAUUCACACUUGAAUUGCAUUUGUGAUCAAAAUAAGUGUCUAAUAUCAUUAAAAGAAAAUGUAAGUGCUUAAAAGAUGAAGGACCAAAGGGCAAAUAACAGUGAAACGUGACCAUCAUUUCCUUGAGGACUUCUCUGCCUGGUUUGUGUGCUCUGUUAUUCAAACAAUAAAAAGCUCCUGGAACUAACUCUUUUUUUUAAGAUAAGUUGUAGAGUUCUACUUUUCAUGCUCGUAUACUUCAAAUAAUGUGUGUUUUAUAGUUAGUCCCUCAUCUAACUUGAAGUGAAUUAUGUGUGAGAAGAAUUAUGCAGAGUCAACAUGAAUCCUUUUACAGUGGAAUGCUCUAUGGAUUGAAGGAUAUGGUAAAAUAUUUGUACUCUGCUUUGAAAGUAAAGUAUGCUAUGUCUUGGUUUUGAAGAUGUUAGAUACAAAACUCUGUUACCUUUAGGGCUAUUGUGUCUUGAUUCCUGAUAAUCAGAAACUUUACCAGAAACAACUUGCUUCCAAUAUACUCAAUUCUAAUUGAAGAGUUUGUGGAGGGUACAGUGGUACUGGAAAAGUCCAGUGUUCGUUUUGAGCUUAAAAAUAAAAUGCGUGCUAUUUUUAAUGUGUUC